AUGAGGACGAAUAGAAUCCUCAUGAUCACACGUUAUGUUUGUUUUGCAGCAUUACGUCUAAGUGAUGAACAACUGAAAAACUUUGCUUUGGCUGACAUUGAAGCUAAGUUACAAAGUAAUGGUAGCACCUUUCCUAAAUUUACGGGUAUGCCAUUUCCAAAUGACUUGAUUGUAUCAGAUGGUCAAAAUAAGCUCAUUAUGGAUGAGCUUUCGUAUUACCAUGAGCAAUUACAAAAGGAGUUUCAAGAUCUUUAUCCUAGAUUGACUGAUGAGCAGCGUGGAAUUUAUAAUGAAAUCAUGUCUGCUGUAUUACGCGAUAAAGGAGGUGUAUUCUUUGUAUAUGGUUAUGGAGGAACGGGAAAGACAUACCUAUGGAGAUUAUUAUGUGUAGCAUUAAGGCGUAAAGGGGAAAUUGUUUUGCCAGUUGCAUCAAGUGGAAUCGCCUCUUUGUUGCUUCCACGUGGAACAACUGCGCAUUCUAAAUUUGGCCUACCGCUAAAUGUCGAUGAGAACUCAACAUGUCAUGGCAUUAAGCCUGGAUCGCGCUUGAUAGGACUACUUAUGAAGACAAAGCUUAUCAUUUGGGAUGAAGCUCCCGUAAUGCAUAAAUAUUGCUUUCAAGCUCUUGAUAGAAGCUUAAAGGAUGUUAUGCAACCAAUAACUCCAGCAAAUCAUCAUAUCCCAUUUGGUGGUAAGUUUGUUGUGUUUGUUGGUGACUUAAGAUGA